CCUACACUCGGGCUCCGGGUUUAGAAGGGUGGCCCGUAGUGAUGUGUCUUCCCGCCCCUUUUUUGCAUUGGAGAUAAGAAGUGCAGCUUUUCGUUCCAAAUACAUGUGCUAGAGAUUCGGAUCUAGUGUGUGGCUAAGCCUGAAGGCGCUGUCAUCGGGUCAACAGUGGUUGUUAGGCAAAGGGCCAUGGCGGACUCGAAGCUGCUGGUGCCAGAGCUAAGCGAGACAGAGACGAUGGAUGAUGAGACGGCGCGGUUCCAGGAGCUGCUGCUGCAGGCUUCCAAAGAACUCCAUCAAGCCCAGACAACCAGAUCAGAAUCUACACAGAUCCAACCUCAGGCUGGUUUCUGCAUAAAGACCAACUCUUCAGAAGGGAAGGUUUUCAUCAACAUCUGUCACUCUCCCUCCAUCCCACCUCCGGCUGACGUGACCGAGGACGAGCUGCUUCAAAUGCUGGAGGAGGACCAGGCUGGGUUUCGCAUCCCCAUGAGUCUGGGAGAGCCACAUGCUGAACUAGAUGCAAAAGGCCAGGGCUGUACCGCUUACGAUGUGGCUGUCAACAGUGACUUCUACCGGAGGAUGCAGAACAGCGAUUUCUUGCGGGAGCUCGUGGUUACCAUCGCCAGGGAGGGCCUGGAGGACAAAUAUGGCUUGCAGCUGAAUCCAGAAUGGCGCAUGUUGAAGAAUCGGACUUUCAUGGGCUCCAUCUCGCAGCAGAACAUCCGCUCCCAGCAGCGUCCUCGGAUCCAGGAGCUGGGGAACCUAUAUACACCCAGCUCCCGGCCAGCUGAGGAAGGCCCUGAGAAACCUCACCUGAACCUUUGGCUGGAAGCGCCUGACCUCCUCUUGGCUGAAAUUGACCUCCCCAAACUGGAUGGAGCCCUGGGGCUGUCGUUGGAGAUCGGGGAGAACCGCCUGGUGAUGGGGGCCCCCCAGCAGCUGUAUCACCUGGAUGCUUAUAUCCCCUUGCGGAUCAACUCUGAGGAGAGCAAGGCAGCCUUUCACAGGAAGAGAAAGCAACUUAUGGUGGCCAUGCCCCUUCUGUCGGUGCCUUCCUGACCAGAAUUUCUCCCCGUGCAUCCAAAUGUAGAGCAAAGGCUGGUGGCUUCUCUAGCUUGAAAUAAAAGAUAUUUGCCUUUG